GAUGGAGAAUAGGUAUUAGGGUGGCAGUCAUCACCACCAGCGGCGACCAAAAUCUCCUCGCAACAUAGUCAGAAAACAAUGCCUUUCACCGUCGAGGCAAAAUGCUCGGUGCGGAAAUACUUCAAACGCACCUGCACCCGGUCCAUAAAGCUCCAUCGCUCAUCCCAGCUUCAUCAAAGCCGACACAACAACCCGACCCCAAAACCACACGAUGAAGACGCCGACCUACACGCCAGAUGUGGCCGAACCCGCGCCGAUCCGUUGUCUGUGGGACACAUUGUUCAACGACUGCUCGGUCCCCAAUUUGCCCGUUCAAACCUCGACCUUCUUCGCUCUUCCUCUCGAACUGCGUAUGGAAGCGUACCACCACGCCCUGACCGGCGCCCGCCCCAAAUUCGCCAUCUCCGAAGCCGCCCUCCUCACCACCGACCUCUCCGCCCUGAUAAUCCGCCAACUACCCCCCUGGUGCCUGUCCAGCCGCCAAGUCCUCUUCGAAGCCACGCUCGCCUGGCUGCGGCGCGUGCGCUUCGAGCUAGAAAUCCGGGGCCGCUGGGGUAACGCCAAGCUGCUCGAGUUCCUCUCCAAGCUCCCAGGAGACGCAGGAUUCACCGCCGUCCGCGAGCUCGCCUACACCACGCUCCCGGAGCAUAUCCCCCGGGCAAGGAGUGCAACGAGGCUCGUGCGGCAGUGCACCGCCCUACGCACGCUAGCGCUACGUAUUGGAUGCACGACUUUGGUUACUAUGGAAAGCAGCGGGUUCGGCGAGCAGGGUCUGUAUCGCCCCAAGACGCUCGCGGAGUUGCAGGAUACGUACCACUUGCAAGGCUUGUUUGAUGCGUGCGCGCACACGCUCCGGCGUGUGGAGAUUCGCUGCCAGGCGCUGCUGCCGUAUCGGUGGCUUGGCGCGGAUAGGACGCGAGCGAAAGUGUACAGGGCUUUCCAAGAGUUGGUCGAUCGAUGCGUUGAGGAGACUGGGAGGAGGGCGCAGGUUGAGCUUUUUACCGUCUACGAGCAGAAAGUAAUGCCUUCGUGA